ACACGGAGUACACGUCACAUCAAACGUCAAACGUGAGUUGGGCUCGUUGGGAUGGAUCAUCGGUUUUCGAUUGUGGAGUAAAAUUGAAUUUUAUCUUAAAUAAUCAAUAAAUCUAGCGACAGAAAUGCGGAUCUUGGUAAAAAUUGCAAUUUUGAUUGCGAUUUCAUUGUGUCUGUUUCACCAUGUCGACAGCCAAGCGAAAAGUCGAGGUUCCCUGACACUUUCGGAGAAAGUGCAACAGCUUCUGGACAUGAACGUGAAACGGCCAGUGAUGCGUUUCAAUGGGAACCGUUUCCGGGAGUUCGUAAAAUCUGUUCCUCGCAACUAUUCCGUUGUCAUCAUGUUCACGGCGAUGGCACCGGCCCGGCAGUGUGUUAUAUGCCGGCAUGCACACGAUGAGUAUACGAUACUGGCCAAUUCAUAUCGUUACUCACAGACUUACUCGAAUAAGCUAUUCUUCGCCAUGGUCGAUUUUGACGAGGGAUCUGAUGUGUUCCAAAUGCUUCGCCUAAAUACCGCACCGGUGUUUAUUCACUUCCCAGCUAAGGGUAAGCCAAAACCGGCGGACACCAUGGAUAUUCAGCGAGUGGGUGUCUCGGCGGAAGUGAUCGGCAAAUGGGUUCAGGAGCGUACCGAUAUCCAAAUAAAAAUUUUCCGCCCACCAAAUUACUCAACUACGGUGGCCGUUCUGAUGCUAACGGCUUUUGUUGGAGGUUUUCUGUAUUUGCGACGUAACAACUUGGAUUUUUUGUACAACAAACAAAUGUGGGGAUUGCUGGCGGUCAUUUUCUGUCUGGCAAUGGUUUCGGGUCAGAUGUGGAAUCAUAUCAGAAGUCCACCAUUCGUUCACAAGGGCCAAAAUGGUGGUAUUGCCUACAUACACGGAUCAUCUCAGGGACAGCUGGUGAUCGAAACAUAUAUUGUUAUGUUUUUGAAUGCCAUGAUUGUCGUCGGUAUGAUCCUACUAACCGAAUCUGGCUGGCAAACUGAUCCAAGGAAGGGCAAGAUAGCCGCUAUCGUUGGUUUGGUGCUAGUCGCUGUGUUCUUUUCACUAAUUUUAUCGAUCUUUCGAUCGAAAGCUCAAGGCUACCCAUAUAGCUUUUUGUUCAAGUAAAUUUAGAAAAAAACAAUGCACCCGUUGCUUUGAGUGCAAUCAUGUUCUAAGGGUAGGCCAAGAGAGUAAACUAAGUUUGACUAGCACACAAAAUUAAAAACGUACUAAUUAACGCAAUCAUUAAAACGGCAUAAAAUGAUUGUGUGCUGGCCUACCGGCUAGUGAGUUGAAAAAGAAAUCACAUUGAUUUUCUAGUGAAAACUAUUAAGUGCAAAAAAAAAUGUUCCGUCAAAAUUACCCACAGAGUUUCAUAAUUGUUUAUUGGUUUUUGUUUAGUGAUUGAAAUAACGGAUGUUUUUCCUAUGAGCCGAGUAAAAUAGAUUGAAAUGAAAGUCACCACCGUGAGUCAAA